AUGUCUAGAUUGACAUUGUUAUGGGAUAUACUUGGUGAUGUACAUCACACUCUACCUGCCAUAUCACUGUUCAAUACAGUGAUGUCUGAACCAAUCAAACGACAACGCCAGAAGUACAUCGAUCAAUUGAAGAAUGGAAUUGUCAAAGAUCAAGUAUUUAGGAGUAUUUGCAACAAAGAGAUACCAGCAUACCAUCCACAUGUCAAUGCACUUGUUAGUGCAUCACUGACCAAAGAUCAGAGGGAAUCACUGGCCACAUUGCACGCCAAUAACAUCCUCUUCACCUUUACUCACUAUCUACAGUACAAGUGUCUUUACAUCAAUGCUGUACAUGUAUCCAACUCUAUUCAUCAAGACAUCUCAAUGAUUAUAGGCGAUGACCUGCUGGACUUGGAGAUCAUCAGACUUUUCCUCACAUCAAUCAACAACAAUAAUAACAACAACAUCAACAACAACAUUACCCUCCCACUGCUGCACCUUAUUCUAUCGAUCAAGGACUUCUCAAAGCAUUCAUUGAUCCUUGAGAACAGACGUCUGAUCUUUGAUUUCAUUGUCUUGAAAGCAAUCAGGGAUGCGUUCAAAGUGGACUUUGAUCUUUAUCGAGAAAUCAGCAAGAUCAACAGGUUGUUGGACACCAUCAUCACAACAAAUGAUGAUGAUACUUUAUAUUUCUAUCAAGAGAUUGAGGCAAUCUUCAAGGACAGGAGAGACACAUGGUUUUGGUUCUGCCCAGAACAUCAUAAAGUCUACAGUUGUCAACAAUAUUUCAAGGCCACAUCCCAACAAACAAUGACUUUUGCCAACUCUACUACAACAUGUUGUCUGAGCAAGCCAAAGGAUAUCUUAUCAAACAGAUGGGACACUCAUUCCUCAAUUAUUAUUAUGAACAAGAAGAGGAUAUCAUCUCUAAUCUAA